CUUGUCAGCCGUAGGCUGCAUUCUGCAGGCUGCUUGAAUCCGGGUUCACGCCAGGAGCCCAGCGAGGCGCCUGGGGUGGCUGGUCUGGCGAAGAUGAAAUGGUAACCAGAGCCGGGUCAUUAGAGUAGAUGCUAGACUGGCGCUCGUCAACAGUAAACACCAUCCGGCACAACUGGCAAGCCGCUGUUGGGCGUGCCUAUUUCCAUUUCAGCUGGCGUUUCCACAAACUGGCUGCCGAAAUCUGGCACCCCAGCAGUGCCUAAAUUCAUUGCACCAAAGUCAAUGUGCAAAGCCUGCUCAUCAGCAUCGGCGCCACUCUCCUGCUUUCUAAUCAGCUCCGACCGUCGGUCCAACUCAUCGACGAUGUCCUCGCUGUACAUUGACCGCACGGCGCCAUACCACAUGACAAUGCGGUUGAGCGACGAUAUUGCCAGCAGCGAGCGGAGGAACAGACCCCGGCAAGGCCAAGGCUGCAUACCAUUGCUAUCUUCCAUCGGACGGCGACAGCCACUGGUCGCCAAUCUCCGUCAGGCCGCUGCACCCAGAACUCCGUGGGCAUCAGUGCAGCAAUCCGACUCCGUUCAUCGACAAGGUCCUCGAUCUCAGUCGUCUGCAGCCACAGCAUCCAAGGCUUCGUCUAGCAUAUGGCCAGCCAUGGGCCGCAGCAUAUCUCCGGGCUGGCAUGCUCACAACAUGGCCAAUGAUAUUGACCAGCUCCAUGAUGUGGCUCGUCCUAGUGGCGACUCAUGCUGGGAUGGAGAAGACCACGAGUGAAUGCUACCGUCAAUCUCUGCUGAUGGCGAGCGACUUGGCUUAAGGGCUGGGAAUGAAACACCUGGUUGCGGCUUGGACCCACCAGGUGCAACAGUGCCAGUCCUCGUCCACCGUAUAGUUGUGCCCCGGGUUAUGUGACGGACUGUGUUGUGCUGCUCAACCAUG